AUGGGCAAUGCUGGCGAUGUGAAAUUUCAAUAUUUGGCUGCAAUAUUUGUAAACAUUGCAUCAAUUUCCUUUGGCGCAUUCUGUGGCUGGCCCUCCGCUAGUUUUCUGGAGCUCUCCAGCAAGGACAGUCCCUUAGAGACGGGCCCGCUCACGCAUCAGGAUCAGGGCAAUGUGGCUUCAGUGCUAUGCCUGGGAGGCUUGCUGGGCAAUAUUUUUUUUGUCUGGCUAGCCGAGCGCAUUGGACGCAAAGGCUCAUUACUGUGGACUACUCUGCCCUGCUUGCUUGGCUGGAUAGGCAUACCUUACGCUCGGAAUCCUGCGCACUUGAUUGCUGCACGCUUUCUGGGCGGCUUCGGAGGCGGCGGUGGCUUCGGCGUCAUUCCCAUUUAUGUAGCAGAGCUGGCCGAGGACAGUGUGCGUGGCGUGCUAGGCACAUUUUUGAUUUUGACUUGCAAUGUGGGCGUGCUGCUGGUCUUUGUGCUGGGCUACUAUUUUAAUUAUGCCACAGUCGCUUGGAUGGCCUCAACGCUGUGCAUAGCUUUUGUUGUGUGCUUCUGGUUUAUGCCCGAGACGCCGCAGCACUUGCUGCAGCUGGACAAACUGCAGGAGGCGGAGCAGUCACUGCGCUAUUAUCGCAACAUACGUGCGCGCGUGUCCAAGGAGCUUAGCGAGGAGUUGCAACUGGAGCUGCAUAGAUUGCGCACACCCGAGAAGGUCGAGCCAGAAGAUGAUUGCAUUGAAGAUAACAAAAAUAGGCUCAGCUGGGCUGACUUCACGGAGCCCACAGCGCGCAAGGCCUGCCUCAUUGGCCUGGGCCUGCUGCUGUCCAAUCAGGGCUGCGGCUGCUUUGCGCUGCUCAACUAUACGGCGGUGAUAUUCGAAGCGUCCGGCGCCAGCAUGCCGCCUACGCUGGCGGCCAUAAUGGUGGGCGUCAUACAGCUGUUGGGCACAUAUGCAUCCACCUUGCUGGUGGAGCGUGCCGGACGCAAGCCGCUGCUGCUGAUUUCAGGCGUGGGCAUCUGCUUAAGCCAGUGCGCCAUGUGCGCACACAGCUAUCUGAAGAGCACGGGCUACGAUACGAGCGGCUAUGACUGGCUGCCCGUUGUGGCGUUCUCCUUUAUGCUGUUCAUUGCCUGCUGGGGACUGCUGACGCUGCCGUUUAUGGUCGUGGCCGAGAUACUGCCGCCCAAGAUACGCAGCACUGGCAUGAUGAUGAUUAUGUCUGUGCUCUGGAUGAUUUCGAUGACCACCAUAAAGUGUGUGCCGCUGCUGAUUGCCAAUUGGGGCAUGCAUGGCACCAUCCUAAUGUUCGCCUGCCUAACGCUCUGUGGCACGCUUUUCAUUGCCAUCUGUGUGCCCGAGACCAAGGGCAAGUCUGUCGAACAGAUACUAGCCAGCUUAUAGGCACUAAGCCACUUAGUAGCGAGUCUAUGUGUUCCAACAAGUUGUCUGUUGUUGUUGUUGUCAUUCGUUAUCUUUAAGCAUUGCUUAUGUGUAAGAUCAAGGCGCGUCUUUGUUGUAAAUAAAACUAGCAUUUUAUUAUUA